GAAGAACCUUCAAAAUCAGCGGCUUUACUGUGCAUAUUCCCCAUGUCAACUGGAACUUCCGUCGUCUGAUUCAGAGCACCGCGAAGUUGUUUAAAUGGCAUUUCUUGCAAAAUAAUUGCAAUAAUCUGGAAGAUUACCAGGCACAUUCAUCUUCACAGCGGCUCUGUUCAUAAUGGAAGACAUCAGGAAGAGACUAGAGUUUGGCAACCCGUUCAUUCAAGAACAGGCCAUAUGGAAACUGUUUGGAGAGAUCUCCAGAAAGAAGCUAACGGACAAGAUAACGAUUCAAACGCCAGAGAUUCCAGAGUUGAAACUGCUGUGGGACAUAGUGACUGGCGACAAGGACACGCUUGCACUUACAGCUGGACAAGCUCUUCUUCAACUUGUGCUGUCUCAGACUGCCGAUUUUAAUUAUGUUCUCAAUGGGAUCCUUAAUCUCAUCCCGUCAGCCAGGUCUCUUGGUGGGCUUGUUUCGACUCUUGGAGAAUUACUUGUGCUGCAGGCGCUCGUCAUGCAGGAAGCUGCUGAGGAUCAUGUUUAUCGUUGCCCGCACACCCUCAGGAGUCCCACUCAUCCAUUCAUCACAGUGCUCACCAACCGACCUUCUAGCUGGCAGCUGCUUCUCGCCCAAGUGGAAGAUAUCUGUCUGCAUCGAGACAGCAGAGUUCGGAAACUGUCAGAUGAAAUCCUCAGACCAUUUUUGAAAUUUCGUGCUGCUGGAACCGUGUCCAUCGCAUCCGGAGACGAUGAUGAGAGAGAAGCUGCAGUAUCUGCUGGUUGAUGUGUGCGCACGAGGUGGCAGCUGUCAGAUCACCGACCUUCUGGUGGACAUUCUGCCUUGCUACCAGGUCACCACCAUGGAUGGAGUGGCCAGUCUCACUUGUCAUGCCCGCCAGCUGCUGCACCUGCUGCAGGCCCCUACAGUAAGGAGCUCGUUGGUUACCUGGGACCGGAAGCUGGCUAUCGUGGCUUACUCGGCCCUCACUCUCUUGCUGCCGAAUGUUCGCCACAAACUGGACAUACAAGGAUUGGUGGCUUCUCUUGUUUCUGCCGUGGACAGUCAUCCAGAGAUCAUGGGCUACUGCCGGUGGUGUAGCGAGCUGACUCACAUCCUCAUGGUGCUGGGACCUUUUUGUCCACCUGCUGUUCUGCAACUGGUGGAUAAGGCUUUGUCUGUAGUCACCACAGACAGUUGUGGUGCAGACAUGGCUUUACUGGUCUUGCCGUUGCUGCAGUUCCUUGCAAUGCCAUCACCAGCAACAGGACAAGGCACACACAAGACAGGACAUGCAAUUGAUAACUACAAGGAAAAUUGUUCAUGCUGCAUCCUCAGCACUGAGGAAAGUUGAAAAUCUGAUUCAGCUAGUUUACUGACAAACGAGUCUCUCAGGUAACUGGUCUACUGAGCCU